AUGAAGAACAAUUCAAAUACCAAACUUAUCCUCCUCCACCCUUCUCUUCACAAACAACCCCCAACACCAUCCUUUCUCUCUCACCGCCUCUGCCUCUCCUUCUUCCUCAUCACUUUCUUCACCACACUCUUCAUUCUCUCUCUCAUCACAACCAUCUCCACCUCCGCCGUCAACUCCGCCGCAUCCUCCGCCUCCUCCCCUCUCCCACUCUCCGUAACCAAAGCCCUCCUCCACUACGCUUCCCUCUCAAACUCCACCACCAAAUCCAUGUCCAUCACAGAAAUCAACACCAUAGCAACAACUCUUCAUCUCACACCUAACCCAAACUUCCUCAUCUUCGGUCUAACCCACGAGUCACUCCUCUGGUCUGCACUGAAUCACAACGGUCGCACUGUUUUCGUUGACGAAAACGAAUACGUGAUCUCGAAAUUCGAACAGUCCAACCCGGGGAUUGAAGCUUAUGAUGUUCAGUUCACAACUAAAGUUAGUGACUACCCUAAGCUUCUCUCUCAGGCGAGACAAGAAUCCAAACGUGAGUGUAAACCCGUACAGAAUCUCUUGUUCUCGGAGUGUAAACUCGGAAUCAACGAUUUACCGAACCAUAUUUACCAAAUCUCUUGGGAUGUGAUUCUUGUAGAUGGGCCAAGAGGGUAUUUCGCGGCGGCUCCGGGGAGAAUGUCGGCGAUUUUCACGGCGGGGGUGUUGGCUCGGAGUAAGAAAGUGGGAAAAACUCACGUUUUCGUCCAUGAUUUUGGGAGAGAGGUGGAGAAGAUUUUCAGCUAUGAGUUUCUUUGUGAAGAGAAUUUGGUUAACAAUGUGGAUCAGUUGGGGCACUUUGUGGUGAAGAGUGAAAACGACAACGAUGGAAGUCCUGAGUUUUGCAGAAAUUCCAGUUCUCCGUUGUCUGUGUCGGCGUCAAAGGAUGUUGACUGA